GUUUACGAACUAAACAAAAACUGUUGUCACUCCGAAUGAACCGCAAUCGACGGAAAUGAAGUCUUAAGAGUUUUGUAACACCUCGAAUAAGGGAGCAUAAACAAAAAGGAACUGAGUUGUUCGUGCCGCAUCCGUCCGCAACGGUGGUCGAGGAGCUGUAUGAUGAUGUCAUAAUGGAACAUCGGAACCCGAACUCCCCACCCCCUCCACGCGCCGGUUUUACGUGAUUGCGUCAGCACUCUAACACCCAUCCUGCGAAGAUCAUUUCUUUUGACGGGCCGGUCUCGGUCUCCAGGGAGACGGGAGAGGCACAUGAAGCUGGGGCCUGCAAAUGUAAAGCACCGGAGCGGCGGUUCUGGAGCUUUGCAGCUGGUGGCGCUUUUUAUCCAAUUUUCUGCGUGUGUACUCCCCGCUUGGCUGCCGAAGAACUCGCCGCCGUCUGCCUGAGGGGCGAAGGAGCGGCGGCUGUGUCCAGCGACGCUGUAUCAUCGGCAUCAUGAUGGUCCUGCAAUAUCGAGCCGACUGCCAGCGACGGCAGCAGCUCCACUGAGAGGCAGGAGUCGGGGAAAGGUGCAUCGGCUGAUCUACCAAUCCAUUCAACGUACUGCAUCUCCGUCUAAAGCGUUUAUUUAAGGGACAAACAAACAAUGCAUUUUGUUUAAACAACGCUCGCCUUCCACUGCCUGGCGAGCAGCAUCUUACAAGAACAAAAACAAAACGAUCUGAAAGGGGGUUCCCUUCACUCAACUCGACUGCAUUAAAGAGAAAGGUGAAGGAAGCCUAGGAGGAAGGUGCGCGAGAGACCAGCAAAUAGCCUUUCAUUAUUGUAACUGAAUCGUUAUUAGUAAUGCCCAUGUCUCUGGUGCAAGCCUGCCGCAGUCUGGCUCUCUCAACAUGGCUGCUUUCUUUCUGCUUCGUGCAUUUAUUGUGCCUGGACUUCACGGUGGCGGAAAAAGAGGAAUGGUACACUGCUUUCGUCAACAUCACGUACGUGGAACCGGCCACCUCGGAGUGGAAGUCGGAGAAGAGCGAGUGCGGCCGUUACGGGCAGCAUUCGCUCAAGCAGGACGCCGGGGGAUUGCUGGCACUGCCCGCUCACCACGACAGGCUGGCGUGUGACCCUCAGGCUAAGUUUCAGGUGCCCGCCGCCGCUGCCACCAAGGGUUGGAUCGCAGUCAUACCCAAAGGGAACUGUACUUACAAGGAGAAAAUCUGGCAUGCUGUCAGGCAGAAUGCAUCCGCUGUAGUCAUUUACAACUUGGGUGCUAGCAACGUCAAUGAGACUAUCACGAUGCCUCAUGCAGGUACAGGAGAUAUUGUUGCCAUUAUGAUUCCUGAACUAAAAGGACGUGAGAUUAUGAGCCUACUUGAAAGGAAUAUCACCAUUAUGAUGUACAUAAAGAUUGGAACACGUAAUUUACAAAAAUAUGUUAGCCGUACCUCAGUUGUAUUUGUGUCGAUUUCAUUUAUUGUUUUGAUGAUCAUUUCGCUUGCCUGGUUGGUCUUCUACUAUAUCCAGAGGUUCAGAUAUGCAAAUGCUCGAGACCGAAAUCAGCGUCGCCUUGGAGAUGCUGCUAAAAAAGCCAUUGGGAAGCUUCAAGUUAGAACAAUCAAGAAAGGUGAUAAGGAAACAGAGUCAGACUUUGAUAAUUGUGCUGUUUGUAUUGAAGGCUACAAGCCAAAUGACGUUGUCCGAAUUUUACCAUGCCGGCACCUUUUCCAUAAGACAUGUGUGGAUCCUUGGCUGCUAGAUCACCGCACGUGCCCAAUGUGCAAAAUGAACAUUCUGAAGGCACUUGGAAUUCCGCCAAAUGCAGAUUGUGCAGAUGAUGUAACAACGGAUUACGAAGGAUCCAUGGGAGGACAACCAACGAAUCAGAUUACAGGCGCAAGUGAUGUGACCGUGAAUGAAAGUUCGGUUGGCUUUGAUCCUCCUAUUCGAAAUGUUGGGGUUUCACAGACAAUUCAGGACAAUGAACCUCUUCAGCAAGUAGAUGAGAUUGUUACUGCUAGCAACAAUGAUGAAGGACCAAUUGUGAGCAGUGAUUCGGACACCUCACUGAUUCUGGCUGUUGAAGUUGGACUUUCUGACAUAGAGCUCUCUACUGACCAGGACUGCGAGGAAGUGAAAUCCUGAGAAGGAUGAAUGAUGUGGUUCAGACAAGCUCACAGAUUAACUGCAAAGUAUCUUGUGCAUUCAGACAAGAAUGAUUGUGAGAGCAAUAGCGACAAUCAUUUACUAGACACAAAUUGUAUAGCAUUUGAUGUCAAUUUUGUUCACAAAGAACCCACAGGCUUAUCACUUGCCUCAUUCCUACAUUCAAACAAGCUGGUAACAUGGUUCAGUGGCUGAGCUGAGAAGAAAAUAACAAUGUAUGCUUUUUAUUUUAAGUUUCCAAUGAUAGUCAAUGAUUUAUUUGUGUUUUUAAAUUUUAUUUUUGUGACUGACACUUGCUUUUCCAGAGUUUGAUCCUAUGAGGGUUAACAGAUUCCUGGAAUCAAUGCCUCAACACUAAAACAUUCAGUUGGUGCUCUUAAGUUGUGAAAUGAAUUUUAAAGUAGAUUCCAAGUUCUGCAGUCUUGUGAAUCACUGGCUUUUUUUGUUGUCAGCAUUAAGUAAAGUUUAUUUGUGCAGUAAUUAUUCAAAAAAGCAGCUUGCAGAUGCAAGAAAGAAGAAACCUGGAAGUUCAGUUGCCAUUUCUUGAUGUAAUUUUGACCAUUGGAAGAGUUGGUGAUAAUAUUGCACAGAGAUGUUGUCCAUAAGCAAUAUGCUCUGCUGGAGAUUUGGAUAGAAUGAAUGUUCCAGUACCAGCCCACUUGCUUUCUAUGAAUUCAUGAUAGAUUGGGAUUUGUGUGUAUGAUUGACUCUUGACAGCCCCCCCCCCCCCCCACCCCACCAAAUCUGUGACAUUUUGGCCAGUAACACUGUAGCUGUAUAAUUGGCCAAAUAGGUUAAACGACCAGCUUUAUGCCCUUAAUGGCUUUUAAGAGAUAGGAAUCAAAACUAAUAUUAGUUUUACAGCAUACUUUACACCAACUGACCUCUGCCAAAAAUGAAUUUAUGCAAUAUACUGCUGUACUUCAAAAGAAUUUUUUAGUGUUUUAUGUAAUUUGAAUUUUAGUUGCUAUGUCAUCUAUCCAAUAAUAGCUUUUGUACUUUGAAAAUAUAUGAAAAUGUAUUAAAAUUACAGAUCGUUAUACAGUACAAUCUGAAUAAAUGACUAUUCAAGUCAUAGAAUUCUACAGCAGCAUUUUUGCAUAUGGAUCCUUCCCUUGCAGGAAAGAACCUAGUACUAAAGCAUAAUGUUAUUGCAAAUUUAUAAGUUCUGUCCAAAAAGAAAGGAAAAUUCCUGCAAUGUAACAGAGGUUAUAUAUUUUUGAAAGUAUUGCUUUUGUUCCAUAUGUAGAUUAAUUAUUGAGAUUAACACAUCAAAAUAGGGAACCUGAUAAUUGUAAUGCUUUAGAGUAAGUUUAAAAGCCCUGUGGUGAUCUUUUGGAUCCCAGACAUCAUCAUAUAGUUAGUAGGGUUUGUAAUUGUUCUGGUACAUCUUUUGACUUGGAACAGUACAAUAAUAGGCGAAGUUGAUGAUGUAUUGAUUUGAAAGUUUUGGAGAUAGUAUUUUGAUUGAUGUUGAAAGAAAAUAUCCCCCAUGUAGGAUUUGAAAUAUUCUAGAAAGACCAUAUGGCAUAGGAGAUGAUCAACCUACUCUUUUCUAGUUUAAACUUGAUGAUGGAUGUUAAAUGUUUAACUGCUAAUAAAUUUUGGAACAAAUUAAAACAUAUUUGAUAAUGAAGUGUGCCUCAGGUUAACUAAGGGGCUGAAGAACUUAAAGGAAUUCAAUUCAUAUUUAAGAUUGCUUAUUACUGACUGGAAAAAUAUCAUACAUACAUGAAAUUCUCAGUCCUAAUUGAACAAAAUAACAAAUCAGAAUAGCUAUUAUCAAUACUGUGUCAGCUAUUGUUAGUCCUUUUAAAUCUCUGUCACACACCAUGGGAUGAAACUCAUCAUUGUAAGAAAGAAAAUAAUUUGAGGUGUUCACCUCUUCUAGAAAAUAAUAUUUUUAAAGAGUCGUGCUGUGCUGUACAUUGCUGUUUUCUCCUGUAAAAUAGCAAAUAGCUAUACUGUUUUCCAUAUUUGAAAAAAAUUUGCUAAUUUUAAUUUGGUAUUAUGAACAACAUUGUAUGCAUUGCUGAAGUUUUACAGAGUAAGCUUUCUCAAAGUUUGAGUAUCUGUAUAAGUUUAUUAUAAGGUUAUUAUACUAAGUUCUGGUCAUUUUCUUGCAUUAUCAUUUUGCACUGAGUUUUAUCAAGAUCUGCAUUCACCUGUGCACCAAGGUUUGUGAUUUUCUGCAGGGACUGUUUCCCAAAAUGUUCAGCAGGUCACCUAUGCAGAGCAAUACAGUUUUGGACAAUGACUUCUUGUUAAAACAAAGUUUUAAUAUAAGCAUGUGUUAGGAUUUUAGGGAGUGAGCUGAAGGCUCAAAGGGUACGUGAUUGGGUGAAGAGCAAAUGAGUCACUUAAGUGAUAGCAAUGGUACUGGCUGAGAGGGGUGGUGAAGGCUCUUUAAUUGAUGAUCGAGGACGUAGAAUAGAGAAACACAGAUCGCAACAAGAUGCAGAACAUUACAGUUGCUGGAAAUUAGAAAUAAGAGAGAAUGCUGGAAAAACCCAGUGGUUCAUGCAGCAUCUGAAGAGAUGGAAAAAAACUGUUAAAAGUGCAGGCUGAUGACUAUUGUAUCAGAAAUUAUACAAACGGGGGAAAAAACUGUUAUUUUGUCUUUGCUGUUGAGUCUAAGGUCUAUAUAACGUGCCUAGUUUGAAAAGAAGGUGCAUACUUAAAAUGUAUAAAACUGCACAGUGUAAAGGGGAAAAAAAUGAAAUGGGAGUUUGAUUGAAAGUCUAAUAACAGACAACCUGAAGCCCUGCAGACUGAACAGAUAAAUGCUACAAAACAGUUGCCCAAUCCAUAGAGGGCUAAUUACGGUGCAAUAACUUGAAAAUAAAGUAUAAAUGCUACAGCUGGAGGGAGUAUUGGGUUCUUGAAUGGUGGGAAGGGAAGAUGUGAAAGGGCACAUGUUGCAUCUCCUGCAGUUGCUUGCAAAGUUUCUAUGAGAAAGGGAGGGUCUAUUGGUGCAGGUGGGAGUGUCAGAGUGAAGACGGGAUAGUCCCUUCAAAAUACUGGGAGUGGAAUAAUGUUUAGCACUGAUUCUUAAGCAAUGGAGAAGUUACUGCAAAGGAAAGGUUGUAGAAGGAAACAAAUUUAAACUUGCUUCAGACUCAGUCACAGUAAUGUUGAGCUAGACGACCAGAGGAGCUUGUUUGACAGCCAGUUGCACUCAUGUCUCCAGAAAUGGUUAGCUUAGCUUCAACAAUGCUGAUAUAUGUUGCUGUAUAUAACUCUUAGCCCUAUCUAAAUGUGGGUUUGAUCAAGACUGUAUUGAUCCACUUAGUCAUUCAUCUCUUUCAAGCUACAGCUACAUUUAAUUUUGAGAUUCUGUGUAAAGAUGUUUGCAUCAUGUUGACAGCCAUCUACCUUUCUGACUACAGGGCCACGAAGUUAAUUGUGUCCCUCCCCUUUCACUUCCUUUGCACUUAGACAUUUGAGGUGCACUUCAGUGAUCUUGGCCUUCUCCAAGAAAUGCUGUGUCGUCAAAUAGCUUGUGUUCCAAAUGACUUUUCUCCUUUGAUGUUAGAGCCCUUCACAUGCUAAAUACCAGCUAAAGAAUUAAUGCAUUCUAAGGAUAUAUGUUUAAGCAUUCUACAGUCUUUCUCUUAUGAAUUAUUUUUAUUAAGAACUUGCCCCUACAUUACACUACUAACACAUUCCUUCAUAGGAAGGACACGGGAGUGGACAGUUAAUAGUAGUUUUGCGAAUUUUUGAAUAACUCAAAAUUGUUCAAUCAAUUAAAACUACAAUCAGUUUUGUACUUCUGGAAAAGCAAUUUUCCUUUUAAAAUCAACUCAAUGCUUUAUUUCAUAUUGAAAUUACUGUGAUUAAAAGAAAAACAAUAAGUUCUGGCCAAGUUGACAUUCAUUUGGUUUGUAUGUAACUUUUUUAAAGCACCUGUUACUACCGUUAGAAUGCUAACACUCCAAUCAUUGGUGUAGUUCAAAUCAUUGAAACAAUUAAAUUUUAUUUUUUAAAUUUAUGAAUCAAGUUAAUUGCAAGAGUUCAUUUGAAAAUUCACAAGGUAAGCAUGAGUUUUACCAGAAAAAAAUCAUUUCUUUUUUCUAUUCAAAAGCAAUAUAAUUCAAUUGAAAAUGUUCAACCACUGAGCACAUAACCUUAAUAACUUUUGAACUGUCCAUAAAAUCGUACUCAGAUUUACACGUCGCCUCCAUUAGAGUGAUGUGGAGACUCAGAGUGGCACUUAGUAUCUUAGCAGGUCUGAGAUACUUUGGGAUCAGUCUCCUGGUGAGUGUAUAAUAGGUUUUUGAACAGAUAUUUGUAUAAUUAUGCUGAGUAAAAAUUGGGUCACACUUUAGAAGAGAAGAAGUUGAGAAUAACUAAGAUAAAAAAGACCACAACAUUUUCUUGUGACUAUACUUCAAACACUUGAUUAAUCAAGUAUGCCCUAAGCAAUCUAUUUGAUUUUCGCAAGAAUGCAUGAGGAUUGUGGCUUACCAUAAACUAUGACUUGCUGUAUUCUGCACAUACUUUCUUCUUUAGUAUUUGUAUGAAUAAAAAUUCUGAUCAUGACAAAUUUAGGAGAGGCUGUAACAAAGUAAUACAUUUGUCAUAGAGUUGUGCAGCAUGGACCAAGUUGCCCAAAUGAGCUAGUCCCAUUUGCCACAUAUGCAUAUAACCCUUUCUUAUCCACGUACCUGUCUAAAUAACUUUUAAACAUUGCGAUUGUACCUACCUCCACCACUGUCUGAGAGUUCACUCCACAUAUCUAUCAUGGUGUGUAUUGAAAAAUUUGCCCCUUUAGAUUUUUCCACAUUCACCUUAAAUCUAUGUCCUCUAGUUUCAAGCACUUCUACCCUUAGCAAUAGCCUGUCCACGUUCAUUUGCCCAAUCUAUAGCUCAUGAUUUUAUAUACCUCAACAAGGUCACCCCAGAGCCUCCAACAACAGGGAAUAAAGCCCCUGAUUGCCCAGUUUCUCCAUAUAAAGUGUUGGUAACAUCUUCGUGAAGCUUCUCUGCAUCCUUUUAAGCUUAAUAAAAAUCCUUUUGUCUGACUGAUUUCUGCAAUCAAUUAAACUGGACAGAUGCUUUUGCAUUAAUUUUGACUUCCUAAUUUGUAUGUUAUCAUUUUAAAAAUGACUCAAUUUAGAAGACAUUUUAAAAUUCUGAAUAUAAAGGUUGUGACUAAUGUGCUUUAUAAGUAAUUGGUUGUGGUAUUAAUUAUUAGCUCUUCAUUCUUGUAUUCUUUGCAUAGAAAAGUAAUUCUGAUCCAUUAUCUUUUGAAUUUGUUUAAAAAGUUUUAUUUUUCAAGUAUUCUAUUUGAAUAAAUCAGAAUAACAUUUUUUCUGCCAUUUAAAUUAAUUCCAUUUUAUGCAACAACAUUUUUUUGUUCCAGAAAUACUCAUGGCAUUUCAACGAUUCAUUCUUCAGAUUACUGGCUUUGUCUUCAUUAUACAAUAGGGACUAAUUUUACAAAGAUGACAAGAAAUAAGAUUUCAAAGUAAACCCUGAGCUAUUUUUUCUGAGCUAAAAUAGGUAUGAAAAGAUACUUUAGUUUACAGUAUCAUCAAAAAUCUGUGGAUGUGUGAAAUAUUUUAAAAAAAGAAAUUCUGCAACUAUUCCGAAUAAUCAGAACAUGCCAAGGGUACAAGUAUAAAGAUCAAUGGCCAUCAAUUAGAGUUAGAAAAUGUUUUGUCAUUUGAUCCCUGACAUACAGUACAAUCACCAACCGUCAUUUUCCUUUCUCCUGUUCCUUUCCUUAAUUCUUAACUUAUUUUUAACUUAUUUCAGUUCUAAUGAAAGUUGUUUAACUCUCAUUCGUACUCCGUGUCUCUGUCUCGCCUUUGCUGCCUGAGUUGCUGAGUAGUUAGCGUUUUCUGUUUUUAAUUUCAUCAUGCUUUUCAUUCAGAUACUCAAUUUUGUGCUUGAGACCAUGAAAACAGCACACUAAUCGUUUCGUAAGUUUUAAGUUUCAAAAAAAUUUACAGUACAGAAUAUCAUUCAGUUUACAUUUAAUCAUCUGAUGUUAUUAAUGUUAGAACUAAAGAUUUAUGAGUAUAUCCUUGAUAAUGCAGUAUUGCUCUUAAUGUGAAUGUUGUAUAAUUAGUAAACCAUUGAGACUCCAACUACUUCUGUCCUACUAAACAGGUUUUCAAAUGUCUGAAACCACAGACAAUUGCAGGAAAUGAUCACUGACCAUCGUUAAAUCCCAUCUCAGUGCUUAAUACAUUCAUUAAAAAUGAAUAUUAACAAAAUUUAUUUUCUGAAAGCCUUCAGUUCUCUAAGAUUAAGUCAGAGAAUAGUGCUUAUGCGAAUAGAUCAGUUCAGUCCAGUCACCAUGGUAGAUUAUUUUUCUGUGAUCCGAGGUAAAUGCACAAUGUUGAAGGCAUUGAAAACAAGUAGAAUUCAAAGCACAGAUCUCACAACAUUGUGUGUAUCAUAGAAGAUCAAUUUCUAUCCCUAUUACUCUCAUUUGUUGCCAAAAUUCCCAGCCUAAGAAGUGAUGCCAAUUUCCGCCCUGGUGAGUUGUUGUUUGAUUAACUUUGUAUGUUGGCUGAAAAUCAUUCAAUAGAAUUUCUCACAAUGGAAUGAAUAAAUUAGUAAUUUAUUAUAAUUACAAGUAGUGAAACCAUUGUUUAGGCACAGAUUAUCCAUUGCUCUCUAACAAUCUAUAAUUGGAACAUCUAUAUAUGGUUACUGAUGACUUGCUUUGGUAUUUAUUUCUUGAAUAUUAAUCCAGUUUUGAUCAAGAGUUACUCUUAUGCCUAGCAUUUUGUCCUUUCACUGUUUUAAAAAAAAUUAUUUGUAGUACCAUGCAGGAAAGACACCAGCCAGAAGGAAAUGAUGCUGCCAGAUUGAAUUGCAGAGGUUCAUAGCAGUGAUGUGGCAAUUUUGUUUGGAUGUAUCUACCUACCAGUGCUGUGGUUCUCCUUAGUUGUUUACAAGUGACAGAUUUUUCAAGAAAAUCUACAUUUCUUUAUCAUCAAUCAAAUGAAGCACUUAGUCUAAAAAUGUUGCAGAGGGGCAGUGAGAAAAUUUAAAGUGGUAAAAUUGAAAAAAAGAGGGAUUUUCUCAUUGAGCAGGAAGUUGAAUUGUACUGAUCACACAUUUUCAGGGAGCUAGCAAAAGUGACUUUAAAGUGGAGUCAGUUUAUAGUGUUAGUUUGCAGUAGAAGUUAGGUGUUAAUAACAGACAAAUGAGAGGAGGUUGGUCCAGUUUUGUAACGUCAUAAGAUUUCAUUCUUAGUAAACAUGCUUAGUAUUCACAUAUUUAAGUUCUUUCAACCUACUGUUUGCCAAAGGUUGUUGAAGCUGUCUUUAAAUAGUCCAACUUCUUUCUGACUGUAGCAAAGCAGGGCUGUCCAGUUCCAAGAGUCAUUAGUUAUGUUAUUGCAGAAAGUUUCACUGUUUGCCUUGCAUUUAAAGAUGUUUUUUGAUGCACCUCACUAUAUUGUCAGGUAUGCUGCUAUUGGCCUCAGAAACAUCAGUCCAAUGAAAACAUCUAUUUUGUUUUAUCAAUGCUAUUCUAACAUUUCAAAUAACUACUUAGUUUGCUAAGUGUUAAUUCAAGCAGCAAAUGGAUUGUCUGGUGAUUACAAUAGACUUUUCUAGUUGGCAUUUUGCCAGAUGCUACAGCUUGCAAAAUAAUUUUGUAGUAUAAAGCUAAAAUAUGAUGCAGUUGUAUUAGUUAUAAUGCAUUUACUCUAAACAUUUUCUUUUAUAAAUAGUGUUGCAAUUAUUUUAUAUUUGAAGUGGGUUUGUUAUUGCUGAAGUAAACUGUUUGUUUCUUCUCCAUAAUGCACUUUAUAUAGCCUGAAAAAGAGGGCAUCCAUGGAUGUUACUGGGAAAAACAGAUUGGUCUGAUGCAGUCAAUAAUAAAGCAUUUAUUGUUUGACAUUACUUGCUUCAACAUUGACUUGAUGCUUGUGUGAAGGGGAGGGGUUAAAUUCAAAUGAACAAAUAAUAUUCAUUAGCCUAUUAUUUUGUUACAAAACUAUUAUGUUUUGCUGUGUUCAUAUGUACUAGGUAAGGUGAUGCAACCAUGAAAGAUCAAACAAAAGAUCAGUGGGCUCCAAUAAAUUUUAAUUGAAUGGUUUUAA